GUUAUACCAAACACAAGCCAUGCUUUGGGAAUCUGAGACCUCUUACUGCUCAGAAAUUGGAGUGCACUUAAAAGUACUCUCCCACGUUGCAAUACAUUGCUCCUUCCUUUUCAAUUUGCUGCAGGCAGACUAUAUUUACAAAGCUGUUUGAUUGUGCAAAACUCUGGGGCACAGUUUUCCAUCAGCGGUCCAGCUGUAUCAAGAAUGAUUAAGUCUUGUCAGAACAAAGAAAUCUCUUCAACUGUCCUGGGAGAAGAUUUUCGAGGGGAGGAACUACUGGAGGACAAAAACACGAAGUUGUUGUGAAUGGCCAUUGCUUUUUCUGGCUGGAUUUAUGGACUGGAAAGAGAAAAGGCACAAAGAAGCAGAAAAAGUAGUUGGAGGCUUUAUAACUAAUAUUUGAGACAAAGAAAAUACAUUGCUGUUAUUAUGCAGUUUUCUUUGAAUCCUUUGCUGAAGUUUUAGCCUAAAUUGAUUGCUUUAAGCAGGCUUGAAAAUGCAGGGACAACGCCACAGGAAUAGAAGUGUGUAUCAACAGACAAUUGCACUUUUGUGGAAAAAUAUAAUUCUGAAAUGGAGGAUGAGGAUGCAAAGCUUUCAGGAGUGGUUCUCGGUCUUGGUUCUCCUCUUCACAUUUUACCUAACAACAACAUGGAUAUUCUCUGAGCCAGCUCAUGAAAUACCUCAGGCAUUCCUUGGUCAACUAGAUGAUCCUUCCUUCAAUUAUACAGAACUUAGAAUCCUGUAUACUCCAAGAACAAAGAUGGCAAUGGAAAUCAUGGAAAAAGUAAAAACCACCUCUGUCAUGAAAGGUAUAAGAGUAGAACCGGUAGAAGAUGAAAAUGCAAUGGAAGCCGCGCAAAAGAAUGAAUAUGAUGAUGAUGACUAUGAAUAUGUUGGAGUUAUUUUUGAGGACGACACUUCUUAUCGACUCAGAUUUUCUUUUCCUAGAGUGGUUUCUCCAAGCGCUAAUGUUGAAGAAAUCGAUUUCUGUUACAACUAUACAUCAGACUAUUGUAAAAAUCCAAAAUACUGGUUUCAUGGAUUUCUAUCACUGCAGUCCAGCAUUGACAGUGCUCUUAUUGAACUGAUCACCAAUCAUUCUGUUUGGGAUGAAAUGAAAUCUAUUGGUGGCAUCCGUAUGAGAUCGUCUUCUCUUACUCCUUCAGAUAGCUUAGCACACAACCUGACCUUUCUGGCUACAGUCUUGUGCUUCUCUCCAUUUUUGUACUUCUUGUCACAAAAUGUUUCAGGAGAAAAACGGAAAUUGAAGGAGAUGAUGAAGACAAUGGGGCUACGAGACACAGCAUUCUGGCUAUCCUGGGGUCUGCUGUAUGCUGUGUACAUUGCGAUUUUGUCCUGUCUGUUGGCAUUUCCCUUGAUGAUUUCCUAUUUGACUGCAAGCACCUUUCCUGCAGUAUUCCUUCUGCUCUUCCUUUAUGGCAUAUCAUGUAUAUGCUUCUGCUUCAUGGUCAGUUCUCUCCUAAAGAAGCCUAAGACCACUUCAUUUGUUGUCUUCUUCUUGAUGUUUACUCUUGGAGCCAUCAGCAUUGUUCUGUUGAUCAAUUUAGUUCCUGCAGCUUUGAAAUGGACUUUGAGUGUGUUCUGCCCCUUCGCCUUUGGUGUUGAACUGUCAAAGAUUCUUCAUGUUCAAAAAUAUGGAGGAAACUUCACCUUGUCUAGCCUAAUGCAUGAACCAUGCACAUAUAUCCUGGUUUUUGACGGUACUUUAUAUAUGUUGCUGGCCCUCUAUUUUGACAAGGUCAUACCCGGUAAGCAUACGACAAGCAUGCUAGCUGCAUAAUUGCUGCUU